AGGAGCGCUCCGGGUGACUCGGUUUCACCAGAGUUUCUGCCAUGGCCCAAGUCCAGCCCCACCCGGACGUUGUGGAAGAAGUCAAGGCCACCUUGCAGGCAGCGGCGGUGCUCCUCCCCAGAGUGGAAGCUGCGGAAGGCGAAGGAGGAGUUGUGGUGGAGAACACCUUUGUGACCGUCAAGGACGUGGUGAAUUCUCCAAGCCGCAAAACGGAGGGAGGAGAGGUCGGAGAGGGAGAAGAACAAGUAGCAGUGCUGGAGAAGCAACAGAAAAAGCUUGCCCUCGAUGGCAAGAUGUACACCAUGAUCCAGUUCAUCAGAUACUAUGGCACACGCUAUCCGCGCCACCGGGCCCUGUGCCGCGCAGCGGCGGCCUGGGAAGCAGCGAACCGUGUUUGCACCUACUGCGGCACGUGGAAACGAAUCUAUGGCAAUUGGUUUCGUGGCGAAUAUUUCAACUUUCCAUUGCUCCUUGCGGCCAUGAACGGUGAGCUUUUCGCCACCGCCCGCUUAUGGCAGCGCGGCCAGACCGUGGACUUGGAGCAGCUGCCUCCGCAGCAGCGGUGGCUCCUCUUCGAUCAGCUGCCGGUGGAGUGUGAGCAUUUUGACCGGGCUUGCGAGCGUUGCCACGGCCGGCUAUGCACACACCACCUGCAUGCGCUUUGUACGCGUGGCACGUGCAGUUUGUGCCACUGUACCCAGGCUGUGUGGGUCACCCAGUGGGUUGCUGGCCCCUACGGCAUGAUGCAACAGCAAGUGGCUGUGAACCUUCCAGCAUAGAAGCACGCGGUAACAUUGACUCGGCAACACCUCGGAGGAGUUGAUAACGGAUGAUAUCGG